GGAAAAAUUAAAUCUCUUCAGAAUCGCCUUUCUUGUCUCCUCUCUGUUACGGCUUCAGAAUCGCCAUCGGAAGGUUGGAAUCAUCAUCGGGACGGGUCACGAACCGGAGCUCCGUUUAGUUUCGAACUCGCUACCGAUUCCGAGUUGUAUGAGCAACAAUCAUCAUCAUCGUGUUGCGUGUUUAUCCUUUUUGGUCCCAGAAGAGCAGGAGCUAGGUGGAUGCGCUUGACAGCCAAAGCUUAAAGACAACCGAAAAAAUAGGAGUCAUUCAAGUAUCUGAAAAGGUCUUACACUUUAUCAGAGAUAAGAACCAGUACAACCAUGGUCGACGCCGAAAUUGAAAUCUUUCGAGGUUACGAGCUCCGUCUCCUCCGGUGCACCGUCUCGUUAACACAAUCAGAUCCUCCUCUCGAAUCGCAGUCCGGAGUUCAUCCAUACGACUCUCUUAUAAGGUCCCUUUUGUCUUCAAUCGAGGCUGGGGACUAUCUUGGAGCUCUAGCCUCCGACGCUACUAGGCUAAUAAUCGGAGAUUCCGAGUUCGAAGUAGUUGAUACGGUUGAUUCCGCUGAGCGAGUUUACUCCGAGCUUCUCUACAAGGUCGAAUCGUUCGUGUUAAACGAAUCUUCAGAUGAAAUCGAUAAGGCUCGCCGUGCUGUUCUGGUGAUGUGCUUAGCAAUUGCGGCUGCUUUUUGGUUCACUCGGUGCAAUUUGACCGGGUCGACAGAAGGAUCAACAAAAUGUUCGUUACCGUUUGUAGUAUCAGAAAGUAAAGAACUAGUUGAAUGGGAGAACUGGGCUAAGAUUCAGCUCAUGUCUGUUGGUUCUGACUUGCUCGGGAAGUUUUUUAAUCUCCAGCAUUUAGUUUUUGCUAGAAUGCUGCUGUUAAAGUUGAAAGAUUUGUUGUUUGAGACAACUGCAACUGAAACUUUUGAAUUAAGGAGUAUUUCAUGGUGGCUUGUCAGAGUUUUACUUAUCCAUCAAAGAGUUCUACACGAGCGAUCUUCAUCUUUGUUUGAGAUGUUGCAAGUUUACAUGGCCGAAGCUCUAGACCAUUUUGGAGCAUUGGAAAAAGUUAAAAGCUACUGGGGUGCCAAGUUGCUAGAAGACGAAGCUUCAUCCAUCACGUCAACCAUCCAUCUGGAGGCAUGUGUACUGCAAUAUAUAUAUGGAAGGAUUGAUCCUGCUCGGUUGCAGCUUGAAUCUGCUAAAGCAGCAGCAGGGCUAGAGUUCUCUGUUACCGGGGCUCUUGGAUUUCGUACUAUUCACCAAGUAGAUCCAAAGGCUCAGAUGGUAUUGGUAGCCAAUACUAGCUCAUCCAAUGGGGAUGUGAGGUUGGCCUCUGAGAAAGCUGAUGUUGGACCUUAUGAGGCUUGGGGAGGUGAAGCACCUGAAGUAUAUAUGACUCCCAAACUAGUGAACAACGAGAGUGAAGCUGGGAAAGAUUCUGUGCCCUUAAAACCAGUUGAACAGGCAUUGAUUUUGGCCCAGUGCCUUCUAAUUGAAAGGGGUAGUCGGCACGAUGAGAUGCAAAGAUGGGAUAUGGCUCCAUAUAUUGAGGCAAUUGAUUCUCAAAAGUCAACACAUUUUGUUCUACGGUGUUUUUGUGACUUAUUACGUGUUCGAUGGGAAUCAACUAGAGGUCGUACAAAGGGGCGCGCCCUGGAGAUGAUGGAUAAAUUGGUUGGAGCUAUUAACAAGAGCGAUCCUGGAGUAUCAAACCGGAUCCCUUUAUGCUAUGCAGUCCAUCUUCCUACUAUUUCUGCUUUGAGAAAGGAAUACGGUGAGCUUCUGGUGAGUUGUGGUUUGGUUGGGGAAGCGAUCACAAUAUUUGAGAGCCUGGAAUUGUGGGAUAAUCUAAUCUACUGCUACUGCCUUCUGGGAAAGAAAUCAGCCGCUGUAGAUCUCAUCAAUGCACGGCUUCUUGAACGGCCGAAUGACCCAAGAUUAUGGUGUUCACUGGGUGAUGUUACGAUUAAUGAUUCCUGUUAUGAAAAAGCCCUGGAAGUUUCAAAUGAUAAGUCAGUUCGUGCUAAGCGGGCUCUUGCACGCAGCGCAUACAAUCGCGGUGAUUUUGAGAAGUCGAAGAUGCUGUGGGAGGCUGCAAUGGCCUUAAAUUCUCUGUACCCAGAUGGUUGGUUUGCUCUUGGUGCUGCUGCAUUGAAGGCCAGGGAUGUUCAGAAAGCACUGGAUGCAUUCACUUUUGCUGUUCAACUUGAUCCCGACAAUGGGGAGGCUUGGAACAACAUUGCUUGUCUGCAUAUGAUAAAGAAAAAGAGCAAAGAAUCAUUCAUUGCGUUCAAAGAAGCACUUAAAUUCAAGCGAGAUAGCUGGCAGAUGUGGGAGAAUUUCAGUCAUGUAGCUAUGGAUGUGGGAAAUCUUGAUCAGGCCUUUGAAGCUAUACAACAGAUACUGAAAAUGAGCAAAAACAAGAGGAUUGAUGUUGUUUUAUUGGACCGUAUAAUGACAGAGUUAGAAAAUAGGAAUUCAGCAUGUAAGUCAUCUUCAUCGAUUGAAACCGAAGCUUCUUCAGAUGAAUCAACAGAAACAAAACCAUGUACUGCAACACCAGCUGAAACUCAACGCCACCUAGAGUUGCUUGGGAAAAUUAUUCAGCAGAUUGUCAAAACAGAGAGUACAUCUGAAAUCUGGGGAUUAUAUGCAAGAUGGAGUAGAAUCAAAGGAGAUCUUAUGGUAUGCAGUGAGGCACUGCUAAAGCAAGUGCGAUCAUAUCAGGGAUCAGAAGUGUGGAAAGACAAAGAGCGUUUCAAGAAUUUUGCAAGAGCAUCAUUGGAACUUUGUAGAGUGUACAUGGAAAUCUCAGUGUCCACAGGAAGCAAACGAGAACUGUUUAGUGCUGAGAUGCAUUUGAAGAACACAAUCAAACAAGCUACAGUGAGCUUCUUGGACACUGAAGAAUUGAAGGAACUUGAAUGUUGCCUUGAGGAGGUGAGAAAUGUAAUGCAGAAGAGUGAAGAAGUGACUAGAAAUACAAAAACAUGAAAGAAGAAAAGACUUGUCACUGUCAUCAUAGGUUACCAUGGCAUGGCCGAGGUUGAAAAUCUUGUAAAAACGUCAACAGAGGAGACAGACAAGGAGGAAGAGAGGACAGAUGAUAAAAAGGAGGAAGAGGUUUCACUACCUCCGCCCCCGGAGAAACCAGAGCCUGGCUAUUGUUGCGGCAACGACUGCUUCCGAUGCGAUUGGGAUGUCUAUUAUGAGAAGCUCGAAGAAUGCAAUAACAAGCUUUCUAAAAAAAUUAAAUCCAUUUUAGUGAAUGGCUUAUUUUUUUCUCGCAUUGUUACUGGAAAAAUUAAACAAUUGUCUUUAAUGCUGUGCUUUGUUGAACAACGUUUUGGAUCCUCCUAUGAACUUGAGAGCUGAUUGACUUGUGAACAGAAGAAAGUAGUGAUUAUUAUAAUUAAAUGAUUUCAUUC